CAAUAUUAAGGACAGGGUGGUUGUGCCUUAACUGUCAAGUGAAUGGUAGAUGCCUUUUGACUAAACAGUUGGCUUUGGCCUUUCUGUCAGAACGAUCUCGCUGAUUAUUUUUGAACAAGUUUUCCAAUGCACAUAGAUGCAGCUAAAACUGCUUGCUACGGGUCUUCUAUAGCUUCCUUCGUGCUAUUAUGGAUUUAUGUCUUAAGGGUUCACAGGUGGUACAUUGGACCUUAUUUGGGGUCCGUCCUACAACUACUUAUAAACGUUCCUUUUAUGAAAAUAAAGAUUAACCUUGCUACACGAGAGCAAACGAAGCCAAAAUACACGAGCCGCUCCCUAACUACGCUGCAUCAACCGGCGCCGCACUUUCGUCCACGUUCCGCAAACUUUUUGCACCAACGCAACCGCUCGUCGCUAUUUCUCGGCCGACCUCAGUCCGCGGACCCGAAAUUCGGACGACUAAGCGUUUACUUUAGCGAGAAAGAGCUAAGGCAAUCAAAACAGCGGAAUCAGUCCUCAACAGACUUACUGAAGAGCUUGCUGGAACAGCCCAUCAAGCGGAACUGGUUGUGCCGUAGUGCGGGCAACUCAUCCACAGACGAGCAGUCGGAUUUCUCCCAGAAAACGUCCUACUCAAGUUUUAAAAAGCCCACACCCGAGUCGGGCAACAGUAACGAGGGUGAGGAACAGCAACGCCUUUUCGUCACUAUGGCUAGCGAUUCUGCGCCUACGGCUAAGUGCAAUGGCUAUGCUGGUCAGGGCUGGGCCGUCAUGGGCUCUAAUCUGGCUCUGUCGCAAAAAAGUGUGAAUCCCGAUUUGCCAGGUCGUGUUUCCUUUAGCAAGGCUAAUUUGGCUAAUGAAGUAGAUUCGAGCGAUUGUGAGAAUGACAAACAAGGGAACCUGCGAUCGAGCAGCAAUAGUAUUUCUGCUCCUGGUCCCCUUACUUUUCCAAGUUUUGUAUAUAGCAACAACAACUGCAAGAGUAGUAACAACAACAGUAAUAAAGGAGAUAUCUCAGAUCAAAGUCCCCAGAAGAAAUCGGUGCACUUUCGUGCACCCGCUGCUGGCAGCAGCGAGGUGCUGGCUGAGACCUAUGAGUAUCCCAAGUGUCCAUCAGAGAUUUGCACAUGCAGCACACGCUCUUCAUCCACGACCAGCACCCACGAGGCGGCCGAUGUUAAGUGCGCCUGUGACUCGCACACUUGUCGGUACACGGAAUCCAGUAAUUUGGAGCACUCCACGAUUACUCCGGAACUAAAAGUGAUCCAAGAAUAUAAGAGGGUAGUGGAUAGUAGCCAUAUACCAGAGCAACAUACUACCCCUAACAACCAUAGGAAGCUUGAGCUGCCCAACUAUUUAGAGAAAUAUGCGGCGCCAACAGAGGAAAAGCAGAAUAAUCUAUCGGAACCCAAAAACAUAGCUGGCAACAAAGUCAGUGACGAUGGUAGAGCCACUUUGUCUUCCAAAGCCGACAACAAAGUUGUACCCAUAUUUCAGGUGAAUGAAGGCCACUAUGGAAAAAGCAGCGCUGAUGCGGUUAUUAGCAAUUAUAUGAGGGUAUCUUCAUCGCCACCAUUUUCGGGUAAAAAGAAGGAGGAUGUGGGCUCGGCUGCUACUGCACUGAGUAAAGGUAGGCUGGCGUCUGGGAAACUUAAAAAGGCCGUGACCAUGGGCGGAUUGCGUGAGGAGCGUAGCCUUAGCGAAUACAAUCUUGACAAGGUAGACAGUUGGAUGAGCAUACAGGAGGUACAGAAGCAAGUGCACCUGGAGAAAUUGCAGAAAAUUCCAAAGCACCAAUUGGAGGAUCUUGACGAGGGCAACGAUAGUGCUUCGCAAUUGUCGAUGAAAUCGAAUGAUGACUCUCGUGACUCCACCUACGAAGAAAUUGUGUCGGUCAUCAAAGAAAUUGAGGAAGACAAAAAGCAAGACAACUUUGCGGAGCAAGUGACAAAUGAGCUAAAUCUUAAGCUGGAAUCAUGUUCUGAAGCAGCUGAGAUGACGAGUCAAAACGGGGGAGGCGUAGCAGGAACUGGUGAUAAGUACAAGGAUAUUUUAACGUAUUUGAACAACGUGGAAAGUAGUUGUGACAAGACAUUGAUGGAAACCCGUCGCUCAUUGCCGAACUCAAGUCGCUCAGAAGUGGAAUUUGUGAUCGAACCGGAUGUGACAGAUGAAGUACCAAAACUGUCCGAGCUGCUAAUGCUUCCAAACCAUCAAUUGGCACGUCGUGUCAUUGGGCUCAGCUUGCGUGCUAAUGAGCUAACUAAUGCUAUACAUCUCUCUAAGGAGCAUGUGGUUCUGCUGCGAAGCGAGAAGCAGAAGUUGCUACGGGCUGAAAAAUCGACGAGUGCAAGCAAAUUACGUGAGCAAAAGAAGCAUUACGAGGAGGUGGUGAAGCGCCAUCAAGGCUUUAUUGAACAGCUCCUUAAGGAUAAAGGAUCACUUUGUGAGAAGGUGGCCGCGUUGACAAGACGUCUGGAGAGCCAGAAUCAGGCAUGGGAACAUCGUCUGGAAACAGAAUUGGCGCGGGCUAAGGAGACGACACUGGCCGGAGAGAAAAUUCGACGCGAGCGUUGGGUACGAGAAAAUACGAAAAAGAUUAAGGAACUCACUGUUAAAGGGCUCGAGGUGGAGAUUAACAAAAUGAAUUGUGACCAUCAGCGCGAAUUGACCGAGCUUAAGCGGGCUCAUCAAAUGCAGUUGUUGGACGCACUAGAGGAGGCAAGGCUGAAGCACGAGCAAAUAGAGCUCGGCAUACGCGAGAGCUGCACCCAAGAUCGAGAGUCCAUCAUAGAGAAAGAACGCACUGCCAUACGUGAGCGAUUUGAGCGCCAGCUUGAGGAGGAGCAGAAAACGCAGGCGGAAAAUAGGCAAAAACUGUGUGACGAAUUCGCAGCAGAGCGUGAGCGCUUACAGGCGGAGCUUCGCCAAAAGGACUGCGACUAUCAAACACGACGUCAAGAGGCGCAAAUGGAACAGGAAAAUGAGCUCGAGCAAGUCAAGUUUGAGAUGCAAGAGAAGCUGGCCAAGCAAGAAGAGAAAUAUCAAAAUCGCAUUAAUACGAUCGAGAAACAAUAUCUGGCCGACUUUGAGUUGUGGAAGAAUGAGUACGAAAACAAUUGUAAGUUGGCGCAGGCAGAAAAGGAGAAUUCCAUACGACAACACUAUCGAGCUGAACGGGACAGACAACUUGAUGAGUUGGUGGUACGCAUGGAGGCCGAUGCACUACAAAUUGACGAGGAGCACGAACAAAAGUUGCUUCGUCUGAAGGAGAAGUAUGAAAAGGACCUUAAUGUGGCUGAGAGCGUGGAAAAAUCUUUACGUGAAAAGUAUGCCGAAAUUCGAGGCAAGCUGGCGGAAGCGGAAGCUGAAGUGCGAAACUGCCAAGCAGAGGUCAAGCAAUUGCAACUAGAGUUGGGACACAGCAAAAAGAUGUGUGGCGAUAUAUUGAGCGAUCGGGACAAACUACGUGAAAAUCUUAGCACAGACAUACAAAAUGAGUUGGGAGCGGUUAAUGAGCGUCACAAGCAGGAAAUGGAACAACUGCAGAAGCGAGUGCAUCAGACAAUAGAGCGACAAGAAGAAACCAUUGAAGUCCUUAAGAGCGACAAUGACACAUUGCGGCAGCAAUGUCUUAAAUUAAACGCAGUCAUUAGACAACAGCGUAAGGAUUACUGCGUUAAGUAGAUUUGAGCGCAACUUAAAUAAAGCAGACAACUGAAAUUAUUUCAACUGAAA